UGCAUUGCUGACGUACUCUCGCGAUCAAUUCAUGCACGCAACAAAGCUGCCGCAAGAACACAAGAAACUACCGACAAACCGCAAACAAAACUAAAAUAUUUUCGACCUGCAAUGAGUGAGAAAGACAAACACAUUUGAAAAAAUCUUCAUCAAGAAUAUGAAACAGCAAGAUGCAGUUAAGAUGUUCACCAGAACUGGUGAUGUUUGAUGUUUGCAGAGGUGUUCCGAAGAAGCUCGAGAAGUGAGAGUGAGUUUGCACAUGUUACAGGACCCUGCUCUACAGGCGGGCGUAGUUCAUCGAUCGCCGCUGAAGUUAAUUGCUGCUGAAUGUGAAGAGAUCCGAUCCGAGGCACUAACCUAGAGUCUACAACUUUUUAAUUUUUUCUGUCGGCCAAAUUAGUGGUCGUUCAGACUUUAAUUUUCACCAUGGCAUCUGGGACAACUCUUCAAUCAACGCCAGCCAAAAGCAUAUAUGUGUAUCGGAAUGGAGAUACGAACUUUCAGUGCAAAAAGGUUGUUGUCAACCCACGUCAAGUUAAAAACUGGGACUCAUUUAUUGAGCUCGUCACAGCAAGAGUGAAGGCGAGAAAUGGUGGGGCAGUGAGACGAGUGUUUACACCAACUGGCAGGAAUACAAUUUCGGACUUAGGAGGCAUUGAAAAUAACCAUUUCUAUGUUGCAGCUGGUGCUGAAGGGUUCAAGAGACACCAGUACAAUAAAAUCACAACUUUAACUCCACAAAAGACCAGAUUAUCGAGUGACCCACUAGAUCCAGCUGUAAAGCUUCCACCUAUCAUCAGACCAGUCAAGCACAGUAGACUCAAAGUUUCAGCAAGAUGUAAAAGAGCAGCUAUAGCAGUUGGUAGCAAAGUUAUCUACGUCUUUCGGAAUGGAGAUGCCAACAGUCCAGCUGUCAAAAUCCUCUUCACAAAGUUCAUGCUCAAGAACUAUGAUGUCGUCUUAAACGAGGUCACGCGGAAGGUCAACAUCAUGACAGGGGCUGUUUGGAAGCUACAUUCACUCGAUGGUAGGCAGUUACAAGGGCCAGAAGAGUUUGAGGACCAUGAAUUCUAUGUUGCUAGUGGGCGAGAAAACUUUAAGAAGGUCCCUUACCCCAAGGAUGGUGUCAUUGUAUCGCCAAGGGUACUGAGGCCUGCCCUAGUCAGAAGAAGGAUAACAAGAUUGUCCAAAGACUCCAAAGCAUCAAAAGCAUCCAAGGAAUCAAAAGAAUCACAAGAAUCACGAGAAUCGAAAGAAUCAAAACCCGCUCAAACGGAGCAGAAAAAAUCCAAGCCCUCAAAACCAUCCAAACCAUCUAAGCCAUCAAAGUCAUCACAGCCGACCCCACCGAAGAUCAAGAAGGAGAAGAGCCCAGAGCAGAAGGAGGCUGAGGAGGUGUUCCAUCACAAACCCACCAUGGUGAAGAGGAGCCGAGAGAGGGAUCAACAACAGAAGGAGAAUGCCUUGGAUUACAGCGAUGAUCCAGAAGGUGUCUUCAAGGCCAAGGAAGAAAGGAACGAGACCAAGGGAGCAGCUGAGGUCCAAGAUACCGUUGAGACCGCCAUCGACCUUCCCAUCGACCAGGUGGCUGCUGAGGAAGUGGAGGAAGAAGAAGACCUUGAUCUGGGGGAUAAUGAGGAUGAUAAGCCAGAGCCACCCAAGGAGUCCGUGGACCUCGUCGGGAGGAUGCUGGAAGACGAUGAGGUACCGGAAGCUAUCCCUGACGAUGCCCCACCCACUGUGGAUGAGGAUGAUAAUGUGGUGGUCAAUGGUGGUGAUGAUGAUGAGGGUGGUGAUGUUGGUGUCGGUGAUGAUGUAGGUGCUGGAGCACAGGAGGAGAAAGCAGGAGGAGGAGCCAAGGAAGAGAAGAACGAGGAGGACCAGCCUAAUGCUUUCUUGACUGAUGACCUAGGUGAGAAUACGCAUGAUGACAACCCAGUCUCCCCUCCCGCUAGAGCCCAAUCACCCAAUGAAAACAACAACAACAGUGCAGAGAACAGGGAUAUUCCACCAGAGAAUAGGGAUGAGCAAGUCAUUGAAACUGCAGGGAGCCCUGCACCUUCUGUCAAGCCAGAGAGUUUACCUCCGCCGUCCCCCACCAAGUCUAAUGGAAGAGUCGAAACUCCCUUUCAGAACAAUAACAAUAUCGUGUUGAGUCGGAAGAGUUCAUCUCGGAGUAGGGAGGGUCAGUCGAGAAUAAGUCCUCACCCACCUGCCACGAAACGUAGCGUGCCACCUUCUCCUGCGGCAAGCAACAGAAGAAGUGUGACCCCGAAGGAGAUCAUAAGCAAUGAUGUAGAAAGUCGACCUCAGAGUCAGAGCAUAGAAGUGGUGGAUUCGGCUCCGAGUCCCCAAGCUCCACCCUCCCCCGCUGUGCAAAAUGGACAAGUCCAGCUACCUGUUGAGAACGAUACCCCAAGACCAGUCAGUGGGGGUGGUCAAAAUGUAGAAGCCACUUUAACUCCUCAUCCUCCACCCUCAGAGCAGAAUGCGGCACCCUCCCCUGCGGUGCCAAAUGGCCAAGCCCAGUCACCUGUUGAGAACAGUACCCCAAGACCGGUCAGUGGGGAUGGUCAACCUCCCAGCAGGGGUGGUCAAGUUGUAGAAGCCACGGUAACUCCUCAUCCUCCACCUGCAGACUCAGAGCAGAAUGCGGCACUCUCCUUCGAUGUCGAAAAUGGACCAGCUCAAUCACCAGUUCAAAAUGUUAGCCCAAGACCAGUCAGUGGGGGUGGUCAAAAUGUCGAAGCCACGUCAACUCCUCAUCCUCAACCCUCGGAGCAAAACGCGCCACCAUCCCCUGCAGCCAGCAAUGCACAAGCCCAGUCACCUAUUCAGAAUGCUAGCCCAAGACCAGUCAGUGGGGAUGCUCCACCUGAAAGUGGGGGUGAUCAGAUCGUUGAUUCAGCACCGACUCCCCACCCACCUGCCUCUGAACGUAAUCCCACACCCACUGCCAGCACUGGACCAGCCCAGUCCCCAAUCAAAGACACUAGCUCCAGACCUGAAAGCACACAUGCUCCUCCAGAAAGCGAUGUUGCCCAAGGUGCCACUGCAAGCCCCAAACCACCCCCCUCAGAACCCAAUAAACCUACCUCCCCUAAGGGUGAUACUGAACCAUCCCAAUCGCCUGUUAAUCAGGACAGUCCACUUCCAAAUAGGGAUGAACAGGCUAUUGAUUCUGCAGAUUCCAAAGACAACGAAGCAUCCCUGCCUCAGAAGGAUGUUGACAAUGCCGUAGACGCUGAGCCAAGAGAAGGACAAGUGGGCGCUUAAUAUGGACUCGUUCUGAAACAAACGAUAAUUUUUACAAGACUCUUUCUAUGAGAUAUACAGGGCAGACUAUGACAGAUUUUAACUUUCUCGUGAACUUAACGAUAAUGUCUUCAUUCCUUCCUCUUCCUUUACGAAUCCCCACCACAUUCAUCGCACUCGAUUCCUUCAGUUUCAGCUGCCAUUUUCCACCAGUUUUUGUUACAUUUAUACAUUCCAUACGUUUACUGUUUGCUUACUUGUAUUACUAUUAUAGAUUCACAGUCAUCCCACCAAUCCUUUCUCAUCCAUCCAUUUGUAUAUACCUUACUACACCCACCUUCCAUGUAUUCAAAGGAAUGGGAAAUCCCCAUUCCCAGAGUUUUCAUUAUAGAAUUUAUCCUCACACUGCACACUUAUAACCUACAGUGUUCUUGUAUUCAUAGUUGUGAUCUUUAUUUUCAGCAUAUGUUUUACUUGAUUUAUUUUGAUUCAUGGGAAUUAUGAACCAUUGUAUAAAUAUCUUAAGUGUAUAUUUUCUAUGAAAUCCACUAUCGAUCCGAUGUAUAAUAAACCACUUUGUACAUUUUGAUAACUAUAUGUAUGUGUAGAUUUCUUAAGUAAGACAUGUAUCAUCUUUUUAUGUUGGUGUUCAUUGUUGGAAGUGAAUAGCUUUUCAGCUGAUAAAGAGACCCGAUAAUUGGGAUAAACAUACAUUGUAUUGCUCAGAAUCCCGAAAUUCUGUUUUCAUGAUCAGGUAUAAACUUUUUUAAGACAGCCUACAGUGGAAAAUAUGUUCAGAUUAAAGCUGUACCAUGAAAUGUUCCUUGAAACCCCCCCCCCCCCCUUCUUUUUGGAUGUGAUACAUGUAUGCAUGUAACUGUGCUGUAGCACUCUUUCUUGUUCAUUUUUCAAAUGAUACAAUUAUAUCAUACAAUUAUUUCAUGUAUUGUAGUGAGAGUUGUACAAACACAUGACAAACUUGUCAUGGCUUAGUUGAAAGCCAAUCUAUGUUUCAUCCACAUAUUAUUGUCUUUCCUGAAGCAUUAAUAUGUCCAGCUCUUCAUACUCGUACUUCAAGUUAUACAGUACUUCAAGGAUGUACUUCAAGUUAUACAGUACUGCUAUUUUUGCUUUAAAUGGUACCAAAAAGAUAUAUCUUACUUCAAAAUUGCUUGAUUUGUAUAAUUAAUAAUGAAAUUCACAUUACUGAACAUGUAUUAUUGAUGUAGUACUACUAUUUUCUCUAUUUUCUCAAAUGUGUAUUCCGAUGCGGUCUUCUGAAAUACAUACUCUUUAUACCAGGGAGAGACUGAAAAGGACCUCAUAUACAUUUUAAAACACACAUGACCCAUGUUGGUUUAGAAGAACAAAUGUGAACGGCAUAUACAAGUUAGAUACAAGUUCUUGUUAUACAUGUGUUCUUUAAUAGGCAGUCACAAAUAAUCUGAACAAACACCACAGGGUUAAAACUUAAUGUUCAAAGAGCAGAGUUUUUGAUGAUCAAAUAAGCAAAGAGAUCAGAAUAGACAGCACAGAGGAGCAGUCUGUAGAUGCAGAAGAAAGAUGAUAAGAAAGUAGUAAUGACAUUAAAGGCAGUAAGUCCCUUUUGCAGACUUGUGCGAGUGUUUAAAAUAUAUCCUUCAGACAUCGUGUAUGAAAUUUUACUGUAAUAACUUCUGAAACUUUGUAAGAAAUGAAAAAUCUAGUGCUGUUCUUAUAUUGACCCAGAGGGAGCUAUUCUCAAAUCAACGGAUAUAACGGUCAAGUUUUCAAGUCUAGAAAAUAAAUAUCUGGAAUUAAACAUUAAAAAUUUAUUUGUUGAAAGCCAUUUUCUUUUGAUUUUGUAAUUGGUGGGAAAUUCCUAAUAUUAUACCUGUUUAAUAAACCACUGGAUUCUUGGAAAUCAUGCAUUUUUUAGGUCUAGGUCUGCAAAAGGGACAAACGAUCUUGAAUGUUUAGAGCCAGAAAAGAGAGCUCAUUGUGAGGAGUCCUGAUUCUGAGCUGACAAUAUGCUGAUAGGAAGUUGCAUCAGAUUUAGGAAGAAUUUUUAAAAGGUUUUUACCAAUCUUUUCUCUUGUGUAUUAAUUACCGGUAAUGGGAUUGUAAUUAUUUUUCUACAACUUCUCACGAUUGUAUUGAAAAUGAAUUUCAAAAUCAUUUUAAUUAAGGAUGCAAUGUUUUGCUCUGGCAUUUGUUUUUAUUAUGUAGCCCCAUAACGACCUAGUAUACAAUGAUCUCCUAUAAAAUUAGUCUAUAUAGCUUAUCUUCUAUAAUUAUUUUUUUUCUCACAAACUUGUUAAGUCUAAUUAUGAUCAAAUACAUAAAAUACAAAAAUAGUUGAUCAAACAAUAAUGGCUUUUAUUCCCCAAGGUUCAAAAUGAAUUCAUUGAUUUCAUUCUGUUAUGGACUGCUUUAGCUGUGGAGAACAAGAUGUCUUUAUUCUUGAUCAAAUUAUUUCAUGUUUUCUUUUCUUAUCACAAUGAGGCAUUAGAGUUGGCAAUCUUUUAAAUAAAAUAAAAUUAUACUCCUGCAAUAUCACUGGUUGUUCCGUCAGAAAAAAAAUGUCAUGGUUGACAAAGAUCAUGGCUUAAUUUGUAAGCUACUUCGGGUGUAGUAAAAUGCUUAAGUAUAAAUUCAGGUGGAAAUUGAAAAAUGUGUGCUGAGAAAGAAUUUAAAGAAUACAUUCCUUUCCAUUUGAUUUCUUAGAUUUUUUUGUCCCUGAUAUAUCCACCUGAUGUAUAUAGAUACAUUUCAUAUAUUUUCUUUGAAGAAACACUAAAGGAGAUAUACAAACAGAGUGUAUUAUUGUAUAUCAUAAGUAUAUAGUUACAAAAGACUCAAUGAAAUGUUCAAAAUGAUGAAAUACUUUGAAUGUAAAUAGCCUUAUUUUUAUAUAUUUCAGCACAUGUGAAUUUUAAAGUUGAAACAUAUAUUGUUUACAUUGGGAUUCGGGAGAGGUGCUGAAAAGUGCUACAUAAAAAAAUAACAUCAAAGUUGAGUUACACUUUACUUUUACUUGUGCUAGCAUUUUGUUAUCAUUUGAUGUUUUUAUACAGUUCUGUUUCGUAUAAGUUGCAGUAAAAUAAUACGGCUUGCCUGAAAGACAUUUUGAUAAUCUUUUGUUUGAAGUCUGUUAAACCCAGUCAUGCUCUACCAAGAUGCAUGCUUAAAGUAUAGCUACAACUGGGGGGCGUUUCACAAAACUUGUCAUCAGUGACAAAUGACGUUUUUUCUUAUAAGCUACUGAAAUCCUUGUUUCUGAUUGGUUAUCAGCUAAUUUGUCAUUGAUUUUUGUCAUUUGUCAUUGAAAAAAAGCUUUGUGAAACGCCCCGCAGAACUGAUCUUUCAGAUAAUUUGACAGUGAAUUCAACACUGACAAGAAAUAGUAGAGUGCCUUUCAGUCAUGCCAGGCGAAUAUUUGUUUUAAGGCAGAUAAUAAUUAAUGGGAUAUAGCAUGUAUUGUGUUUUUGUUAUCGACUGUAAAUAUAUAGUGACCUGCAUUGCCAAUAAUUCCAUGGAAAAGUUUUGUACAAAGUGUAGUAUUUAUAUCAGAUAUGUAGUAUAUAUGUAAUAAAUUGUGGAUAAUGAUAUGAAA